AUGGUUCGAGGCGCACUCUCCGCCGUGCUCGUCGCGGCAGCCUUUGCCGGCACGGCCUUUGCUGGGGCCAAGUGCUCAACUACCCAGAAGUGUCCCGAAGACACACCUUGCUGCUCUCUAUAUGGCGACUGCGGUGUCGGUGCUUUCUGCCUCGGUGGCUGCAACCCGCUCCAGUCGCAUAAGUUCGAGUCGUGCGUUCCCAAUCCCGUCUGCAAGGGCGGCAAAUACGCUCUCGAUUCGCUCGACGAUGUCAAGACCAUCGACAAGUACCUCGGCGACCCCUCCAAGACCAACUGGCAGUCGCAGGGCCUGCCCGCCAUCUACACGGAUCCCAACGGUGGACAGAAGUCGACCCUCUUGACCCUGUCGCAAGGCACAAGUGGAACGCUGCUGGCCUCCACAUUCUACGUUUGGUACGGCAAGAUCUGCGCUAGGUUGUCAACUGCCCAAGGCAAGGGUGUCGUUACUGCCUUUAUUCUCAUGUCCGACGUCAAGGACGAAAUUGAUUUCGAGUUUAUUGGUGCCAGCAUCAACCAGGGCCUGUCCAACUUCUACUCGCAGGGUGUCACAGUCUACACAAACGGCAAGAACCUGACCGUCGACGGCCCAAGUACCCUUGAAAUGCACGACUACUGCGUCGACUGGAAACAAGACGACCUCACCUGGUACAUUGAUGGAAAGGAGUCGCGCAAACUUGAGCGCAAGGAUACCUGGAACGCUACAUCCGGUCGCUUCGACUACCCGCAAACCCCCUCGCGCGUCAUGCUGUCGCUCUGGCCCGCUGGUCUUCCUACCAAUGCCAAGGGCACUGUCGACUGGGCCGGCGGAGAAAUCGACUGGAACUCUCCCUACAUGCAGAACGGAUACUACUAUGCCCGCUUCCAGGAGGUUAACGUCGAGUGCUACGACCACCCCAAGGGAAUCCAAACCAAGGGCGACAAGUCGUACAAGUACACGGAUAGGGCGGCUACUAACAAUACCAUCGCCAUCGCCAACGACCUGGUUGUUCUCGGAUCCUUGAUGGGUACUGGCGAGAAGCCUGGCGAAGCCCCUAAGAGUGGAGACUCGAAGCCUACAGGCAACGUUGCCAUGGUACCUGGAGGCAACCCGGGAGGCGGCAACCGUGCCGAGCAAACGUCUGCAGGCCAGACGCAGCCUACAGACGCCAGCUCGCCUAACUCGCCCCAAUCUACCAAUGAGGUGGGCGGUGACUCGCAAACGACAUUCAACCAGGGUGGUGAUAAGCCCGCCGCCGCUGGUGCGGGAUCAGCGCUUGAGCCUGGUCUGGGCCGCAUCAGUGGUUCUGCGCUUGCCAUUGUCAUUGCCAUCAUGGGUCUCAUCACGCUAUGA